AAAAAUCUGGUGAUCUUCCCGGCAAAUUCAUCACUUUGAUCGUUUAAUCAAGAAAUGCAGGGUGGAUCAACUGGCAUUGGUUAUGGUCUUAAGUAUCAGGCAAGGUGCAUUGCCGAUGUUAAGGCGGAUACGGAUCACACCAGCUUCAUCGCCGGUACUCUAUCUCUUAAAGAAGAAAAUGAGGUGCAUUUGAUUCGUCUUUCUAAUGGUGGAACUGAGCUUGUAUGUGAAGGAUUGUUCUCUCACCCAAAUGAGAUCUGGGACCUUGCUUCUUGUCCUUUUGAUCAGCGUAUUUUCUCUACCGUCUUUUUCAAUGGUGAAUCAUAUGGAGCAGCCAUAUGGCAGAUUCCUGAAUUGUAUGGCCAGUUAAAUUCGCCUCAGUUGGAAAGGAUUGCUGCUCUUGAUGCACACAGUAGUAAAAUUAAAGGUGUUCUUUGGUGGCCUACAGGAAGGCAUGAUAAAUUAAUUAGCAUUGAUGAGCAGAAUCUAUUCUUGUGGAGUUUGGAUUCUUCAAAGAAGACCGCUCAGGUACAGUCACAAGAAUCAGCUGGUGUGCUUCAUUACCUAACUGGUGGAGCAUGGGAUCCUCAUGAUGUGAAUUCUGUUACAUUAACUAGUGAAUCAGCAAUCCAGCUCUGGGAUUUACGGACAAUGAAGAUGAAUAACACAAUUGAGCAAGUGCAUGCCCGCAAUGUGGAUUAUGAUGCCAAAAAGAGCAAUAUUCUGGUAACUGCUGAGGAUGAGUCUGGAAUACGCAUUUGGGAUCUUAGGAUGUUAAAGGCUCCCAUCACCGAGCUUCCUGGCCAUGCACACUGGUAA